AUGAUGGGCGGCUUCUCGUGCAUUGACUAUAACGUAACUGGGCAUGGUGGUGUCUUCUGCCUCCGUAUCGGAGCCAAGAUACCAGGGUCAAUCGCUUUAGCCUUCUGGAGCAUACCAGUUCAUCUCACUUGUUGUGACGGCAAGAAUGUGUCUACCGACUUACAAACGGCGAUUUGGAAGACGCGAUUUAUCAACUCCUCGCUUAUUACUCCUCGCUUUACUUGCGCGGAUUGCGACUACACGCACUUUAUCACCGAAGUCGCGUUUUGGAAGGCGAAAAAACGUACAGUGGCGAUGACAUCUUGCGCGUCUCAUCUAUCCACUGAUACCAGGGGUGAACGGUCACUCAGUGUAUCACGCGCUGUCGGGGCCGUUCCGACAUUUGUUUUGUUCUGUCACAACUUCGGCCCCUAUCGGGCUGCAGGGGACAUUGGAAUGCAGCUGGAGUGUCCCGGUCCCGAAGGUCCGUUUCCAAGCAGUGAACCAGUGCACCAACGGGUGAAACUCGCCCAUUCCGCGUCCUUCGGGAUGCCGUCGAAUUUAGUCAUAGGCCGAUGCUGUCAUGAAGCGACGUCAAAGGCGAGUGGAGAAGGCUGUCGUGGAUUGCGCUCAUGCGGGAUAGAUCAUCAAGAUGAUUGUGAUGAACUAUCGCUUGAAAUGCAUUGCCCGUUGCCAUGUGAAGCGUCGCAGGCAUUCAGCCACCUUGGUCUUAUUUUCAGCGAGAUAGGAUCAUGCACUAUCGACGCAAUACGCUUCUUUAUUCAAUGCGCGGCUGCAGUGAGUUCAAAAACCAGCGUCCGCAUUUGUAAUGCUUUCCUAAUGCGGACAACGUGGCACUUUCGCGCGAAUGAAACGCGGGUAUCUCCAAGGAGAAACUACACGAUCUCACCUAUCCGGCACCCCGCUCUUGUUCUGGUCGUCGCUUCACUGAUACUCCCCGCUAUAGGACGGCCCAGCACACCCUCUAAUCUUCCCAGCGCAACGUCGGCCUCAUCAGUCGUCGCAGUUAUGGCUAGCUUAGAUCCUCAGCAGGACAUAAACCCCAGAACAAGGCAUCUGCGCUCCGAUUUCACUUCACGCUCUCUGUCGCACAUCCCUCGCUUUCACGACAGCCACAGACAAACCAGAUCCGAAAAUAAUUCCAUAACAUCCAAAGAAGAGAUGAUUGCGCUCCUUAGAUCGCACAGUCGAUCUACUACAUCGUCUUCACCAAAAUCGAGCACGAGCAGCUGUCAGUCGCAUCUCACCUACACAGCUAUUUCUCCUCGUGUCUUAGCUGGGGCACCAGUUACGACAACAAGCAAGCCACCUGUUCAGAGUUCAAGUGCAACGUCUGGGGGCACCUUGGCUGACGCAUCAGUCGCGUCGACUAACACGCUUUCUCCACGGGAACGCAGGAAACUCUUACGUUCGGCACGUAAAGUCGGCAGUAUUCUCGGUGAAACUCCCGUAUUGUGUGCUUCUCCUGAUACGUCGAGUUCGCCCCUCCGUGCCAUGAGGUCUACAGAGUUUGGCACCCUUACGCCCUCUCCACAUUCAGUUGGUAGCAAUGUUGGUCUCCGAAGAAGUAAUAGUAUGAGCACUCAGACACGGUCGAGUCAAGCGACGAAAAAGGAGGCCGUAACGCGUGAUGGCGUCGGAAGCGUCCAUGAUCGCUCUACGACGCCUUUGCGAGCACCCGGCCGGACACCACCCGUGCUGAAAGUAGAUUGCGCUUUAACCUCGGGAACGAAUAAGCGGUCAUUGCAAGGCUCGUUAGAUGAAGCAACUCCUGAUGCAGACACCCACUCUUUCGUCUCGACGACCACGACAACCACCAUGGCAAGCGAUUUGUUCAGUCCGACCACUCGGCGAAGUCCGAUCUCUCCCAUCCCAGCUCGGUUAGCAAGCGAGGCAAGUAGCCGGGACAAAAUGCUCGAGGUACGUCGAUCGAAGGUUGCGAAGCUUUCUCGCCAUCUUGGCGAGCAUGUACCACCAGAGCUCGUGUUCCCUGACGAAUCGACGGAGCCCUUCGUGCUUGUAUCUUACGAGACAACACCACCAAACUCUGCAAUCAAAAGAAGGGCGUCGGAAAAGAAGGUGAUCGAACCACCAACGCGUUCUUCGAGCUUGCGGAGGCGAAGGCGCAAGAGUCUGCAACUCGAUCUGACUGAAAGCUCGACUUCGUCUGGGUCUGCUCCGUCUACUAGUUCGUCUGGCGUGAUGAGCCCAAUAGGCUCUGCGCCAUCAAGGUAUAAGCCUACCCGCACUUUGACGCGCAGUCGCUCUGUGCGAUCACGGACACGGAAAUAUUCGUCCUCAGCUAUCUCCCGCUCAUCCACGACCUUGGAGUCAGAAAACGUUCGUAUAUAUCCUGCGUCGGCACCAGCCAUCCAGACAGUGCACGAGACGGUAAACGGUCCAGCUGUGGAGGAGCUACAGAGUAUAGUCACGGAAGGGAAGGACGAUAAGGCCGAUCAGCUCAACCAGACAGAAGAUCGUAUUCCUUUAAGCGAUGCGCAGAAGGCGAUCAAUGUACGUCGUGCACAGAAGAUGUUAAGCGUGUUUGGAGAAGCACCGCCGAAUUCAUUGCUGCCUGUGCACCCGAACUGCGAAUCGCCUGUUGUAUUUAAUCGGUCGCCAUUAGGAGGGCGAUUCAAGAGGCAUUCCAUUUGUUCUAUAAUGACUUCAGGCUCGUCAUUUAUAGACGUACGUGAAUCGGCAACAUUCGAUUCCCCCAUUUCACCCAUGACGCCGAGGCCGAGGGACUCAAUCGUUGGACCGAGUGAGACAACUGCUCGAACUCCGAGUUCGAAAGACGGGCUCAAGGUGCCCGUGCCACUAUCUCCGCGUCGACGCGCCUCAUUAUCAGCGCUUCCACAAACCCCGCCUCCUUUUUCACAGUAUUUUGAGCCAACAACGCCCCCCUCGUCCACUCCCAUUCGUCACGAGCCUUAUAGUCAGUCAUCCAACGUGCCGAAGUCGUCUCGUCCAUCGCGUGCAAAAACUUCGCCUUCAACUUCUUCAACUUCUGCCUCACCAGCAACGCCGAGUUCGCAACAGGAUCCCGGUGCAGUCUUCCGUGAGCGUCGUCAACGUGCGGCAAAGCUUGCGCGGUUCUUCGGUGUUGGGUAUGGUGACCUUUUCCCUGUUACUGCUGGCAUAGAGGAAGACGCGAGGCUAUCAUCAAGCUCCUUUGACACGAUUCGUAGUCUUAAACGGGAAUUUGUCGAAAAGGGUAACGAUAGCAAGAUUACACGAGUAAGCGUGACCGUACAACGAGAGGUGGAUGCUGGUCGGCCGUUAACGGCGCCAUCAACAUCCACGCCUCUGGAAAGGGGGGAAGAUGUUAAGAGACCUUCAACAGCCUUGUCAAUGACGAGCGAAUCCGGCCCAGGACUGCCGGAACUGAUAAAGAUGACGACAACGACGACAACGAAUGACUGGGACAAUGGGAUUGCUUCAACAGGAUGUUAUGGGAGCCUCGGCUUCGGGACGGGCCUCACAGUCCCUCGGAGCCCAGGCUUGCGCCGUCGUCGGGAUGUUAACAAUAAUACUGGUACAAAGCAGAGCAGUUUCGGCUUGGGCAUGGGUGCUCUUGUGAGUUUCAGUCUCGGCAGGCAGUCGCGUGGACGGGGAGAUGCAUCCGUACGCAGCAAUGGAGGCUUUACAUUGGGGCGAAAGAACUCAACACGAUCCACGACGCCGGUAGCUCCUGGAGCCCGUGCGCUAACGAUUGGAGAUCGUAGAUCCAUUUUGGCAAGGUCUCUCGUUGGACCUCACGAAAGCGUGCUUGCCGGUAGUGUGAAAAAGUCUGAGCGAGAGCCUGCUUUAGUUACCGUUGGAGAGAAGGUCGCUGACAUGAACGAGGUCAUGAGCAAGUUGCGUGUGUUGCGCUAAUAUAUGACUCCAUCUCUCUUCCUUUUCCGUUUACUUUACCGUGAAGGUUGAAUGAUCAC